AGACGGAGCGCUGCCUUUUCAUCAUCACGCAGCUUUUAUUUCACCGCCGAAGAAGAGCACAUAGCCGCUGACUUCCUGUAUUCCUUUGGUCGUGCAGGUCUCUGAGAGACUAUUUACAUUGAGGAGAGAUGACUGACCUCUGGCAGGAAGCCAUGGACCACGCUGUGAAUGUGGCCAGGAAAGCAGGAGAGAUCGUACGUGAGGCUCUGCAGAACGAGAGGAAGGUGAUGUGUAAAAGCACGUCGGUCGACCUGGUGACUCAAACCGACCAGAAAGUGGAGCAGCUCAUUAUCGCUUCAGUCAGAGAGAAGUUUCCUUCCCACAGUUUUAUCGGUGAGGAGUCCGUAGCUGAUGGUCAGCCCUGUGUUCUGUCUGAAAACCCGACCUGGAUCAUCGACCCGGUGGACGGAACCACCAACUUCGUACACGGAUAUCCGUUCGUGGCUGUGUGUAUAGGCUUUGCAGUGGAGAAGACGUUAGAGUUCGGCGUGGUGUACAGCUGUAUAGAGGAUAAGAUGUACACGGCGCGCAGGGGGAAAGGAGCGUUCUGUAACGGAGAACCUCUUCAAGUCUCUCAGCAGAAAGACAUUAAUCAGUGCAUCAUCGCCACGGAGUUCGGCUCGAACCGAGACCCUGCUGUCGUCGACAAGAUCUUCUCCAACAUGAGGAACAUCUUGUGUCUGCCAGUGCACGGAGUACGCGGUGUGGGUUCUGCUGCGUUGAACAUGUGUCUGGUGGCGGCCGGUUCCGUGGAGGCGUACUACGAGAUCGGGAUCCACUGCUGGGACAUAGCGGCCGCGGCGGUCAUCGUGGAGGAGGCGGGAGGAGUUCUCCGGGAUUUAGAAGGUGGACCCAUGGACCUGAUGUCCAGAAGAAUCUUAGCAGCGAACAACCAGACCAUCGGCGAGAGAGUCAUCACAGAGGUCGAGGUGUUUCCUGCCGAGCGAGACGACGCCCCUUCACAGACCAAAUGAACAGAUCCGUCUUAAAGAAUUUAUACGUCGCGUUUUUACAUUCGGUUUCAAAAAAGCUUUUGCGGUGUCUGUAGCCAUGAGCAUAAGUAAUGGCACCCCAAUGAUUUAUUUUAGUUUUUAAUUCCAGAAAUGUACUUUGUUUCUGAGAUGUAUAUUUAUUCCACCAUGUUCCAAAUGUUUAGUGAUAUAAAUGUUGAAAAUUCAAUCCAGGUAGAACAACAUGCUAGAAAAAUAUUUUAUUAUUCCAGUUAUUUACAAUCACGGCUGUGUUUACUGUUCACUUCACAAUCAAUAAAAACACCAUUCCUGCUCUCUCAA